AAAGUAGCUACCUACCCAUUUGUCUUCAAUAAUUUUUGCUUUUCGAAUAACACUAGUAGUCAACAACAACAGUAAUUUUUUGUGUACUAAAUCGGAGUGUGUGAUCUAUCUCGCCGGAAAAAGCUAUGUUGGCAAGUACAUUGAAACCUACAGUGAGUUCACUUCCCAAAGUGGCUGAACCAAAUGGCUCAUCAGCACCUCCUUCACUACCAAUAAUGAAGUUCAACAAAACUACUCUUCCUCCUCUUCAGUUGACAGGCAAUGGAAAGGAGUUACCCCGGCAGGAGACAACCGCAACUGCUGUUUCAAGAAGAGAAUUGUUAGGUUUGGCAGCUACAACAUUAGGCGGACUUGCCCUUUUUGCUGCGAAGCCUGCAGAGGCAGUUGAAGCAGCUGAUAUCGGUAGUUCAAUCAAGGAGCUGUUGAGAUUAUUCAACGGCAAACCAAAAACUGGAGCUGACAAUGAGAAGAAACCAAAGAGCGAAACUGAUGAUGAGAAGCCAAAAACGGAAGGCCAUGGAAACAAACCGAAGAGUGAAGCUGAUGAAAAGAAGCUGAAAGUGGAAAACCAUGGAAACAAACCGAAGACUGGAGAUGAUAAGAAGGCAUUAACCCCCCCUCAUCACAUGGAGAAGGACAAAGUGCCAUCUUCUUCUGCAGCACCAACCCUUUGAAUAACACAGCUUCCUAACUUGCCAUUUAGAAAUGUUGUUUGUUUUCUGAUGCUGCAUUCAUUGUUGCUAAAUGGAACCUUUAGACAAGGUUUGCAUGCCAAGACUAUUGAAGUAUUUUCUCGAAACAAUAAUUAUUAUUUUUUUCCCA